AUGGGUAGGGAUAGGUUGCAAGUGCAAGGUGCUGAAUUGAGUAACAAAUAUCUAACAAUAUGUAGUUCCGGAAUCAAGUUUGAAUGGGAUUCUCUUGAGGGUAAAGUUCGUCCCACUAGCUUCUUUGCAAGCGUUGGUCAAGCAGGAUUUGGUUUUGGGAUGUCACCAAAUCCUCCAGCUGCCACUACUAGAGACAGUGGCACCAAACCAUCCUUGGUCAAUUCUUCAAUGAAAUAUGUUUUAAUGCCUGAAGCUGGUCUUCGAAGCACGGGUCUUGAAGGGUUAUUGAGUGGCGAGGCAGUUGAAGUUGAUGAGGAAGGCCAUGGAAUGAAGAAGGAAACCAAGGUGAAGGGGUUUAAAUUGAAAGUUAAGAUUGGGAAUCCAUCAUUGAGAAGGCUGAUGAGUGGGGCAAUUGCUGGUGCAGUGUCAAGGACAGCCGUGGCACCGUUGGAGACCAUAAGGACCCAUUUGAUGGUGGGAAGCUGUGGACACAGUUCACUUCAAGUGUUUCAAUCUAUUAUGGAGACCGAUGGAUGGAAGGGCCUGUUCAGAGGCAAUUUUGUGAACAUCAUCCGAGUUGCGCCAAGCAAGGCCAUUGAGUUAUUUGCGUAUGACACUGUCAAAAAGCAACUAUUUCCUAAACCUGGUGAACAGCCCAAGAUCCCAAUUCCUGCCUCAUUAAUUGCAGGCGCUGUUGCUGGUGUUAGCUCUACCCUAUGUACAUACCCUCUUGAACUACUCAAAACUCGUCUCACUGUCCAGAGAGGGGUGUACAAGAACUUACUAGAUGCAUUUGUGAGAAUUAUUGAAGAGGAAGGUCCCUCAGAACUGUACAGGGGCCUCACUCCUAGUCUAAUUGGUGUGAUCCCUUAUGCUGCAACAAACUAUUUUGCUUACGACACACUCAGAAAAGUCUACAAGAAAGCCUUCAAUAAGGAGGACAUAGGGAAUGUGAUGACUCUUCUAAUUGGAUCAGCUGCUGGUGCAUUUUCAAGCAGUGCAACAUUUCCACUUGAGGUGGCUCGUAAGCAUAUGCAAGCAGGGGCUCUAAAUGGAAGACAGUAUGGUAACAUGCUUCAUGCCCUAAUCAGUAUACUUCAAAAGGAAGGACCUGCAGGUCUUUACAGAGGUUUGGGACCAAGCUGCUUAAAAUUGGUUCCUGCUGCUGGCAUUUCUUUCAUGUGCUACGAAGCUUGCAAGAGGAUACUUGUUGAAAACGAACAAGAUUAG